AUGCGCCGGCCGAAAGAAAAUAGUCUCUGCAUCAACAGGGAUUGUGUGAAGAUGCAUGAUCUGGUGAGAGACAUGGCAGUGCACAUUACUAGUCAGAGUCCUCGAUAUCUGGUAAAAGCUGGGAUGCAAUUGAGAGAGCUACCAACUGAGCAUGAACGGACUGAAGGUCUUCAGAAGGUUUCUUUAAUGCGCAACUGCAUUUCAAAAUUUCACUUAGAUAUGACACUUCCUAAGUUUACAGCACUCUCGACCUUGCUUUUGCAACAUAAUGGAUGUUUAGAAGAGAUUGAUGACUGUGUCUUUACGCUCAUGACUGAGCUUAAGGUUCUUGAUCUUUCUUAUUGUUAUAAUAUCAGAAAUCUGCCCAAUUCUAUUUCUGGCUUGGUAAAACUCACUGCAUUGUUGCUUAAUCAUUGUGGUAAUCUAGCACAUGUGCCUUCUUUGGCAAAACUUGGGGCUCUGAAGAAGUUGGAUCUUGGUUAUACGGGUAUUACAGCCAUUCCUGAUGGACUAGAGAUGUUGGUACAUCUCAGAUAUCUUGAUCUUUAUGCAUACGGUAUAAGAGAGAUGCCUGGUGGAAUAUUACCAAAACUCUUCCGUCUUCAAUACUUGAGGUUAGAUAAUGCAGUUGCAGAAGCAGAAGAAGUUUCAAGAUUAAGCAAGUUGGAAUGCUUGGGUAUUCGUUUCAGAAAUCUGCAAGAAUACCACAUCUACUUUUCUCUAAAACAACAAAGAUGCCUCAAUUACUAUUCUUUUAAUUCUGUAGGAUUGGGAUAUUAUUUUCUAGAAAGAAGAAGGGGAAAAGCGGUAGGAAUUGGUGGAUUGACAAACUUUGGAGACUCCAUUAAGAUACUGACUGACAUUCGGAGGCUAGUCAUUGCAGGCUGUGAUGAUUUGGGAAGGGUAAGCGAUAUUUCUUCUUUAAAGGAUGCAACUGACCUGAGGACCUGCUGGAUUUAUUCGUGCAAACAGAUGGAGUGCUUCUAUUAUUUGUCCUCUUACACAACUGCACUUCAGACCCUUGAGUAUCUGUUUCUCGAGUAUUUGGAUAAUUUAAUUGCAAUACUAGGAGAAGAAAUAGACGGAGCUGAAUCCACAUUACCAACACCAAUAACACCUGGAAUCUUCUCUUGUCUUAAAACUGUUUUGAUAGAGAGUUGUCCAAAAUUGAAGAGACUGUUCCCGCAGAAGUUGCUGCGAAACCUACAAAACUUAGAAGAAAUUGAAGCUUGGAAUUGCUCAGGACUUGUGGAAAUAGUAGAAGCAUCAAGUGAUGAAGAAGAAGAAGAUAAGGAAGCAAGUAAGAAUUCUGUCAAACUCUCUCUUCCAAAUUUAAGAUCUAUCGCUUUGCAAUUUCUACCGGAAUUGAGGAGCUUAUGUAAGAGUUGUUACGCAAUCCAUUGUGAUUCCCUUAGAAGCAUCUGUAUAGAGGGAUGUCCAAAGCUGAAGACGAUCUCUCCCUUGUUUCCGCAACCUGACAAUGGGCAGCCAUUUCCUCCCGCCUCCCUUGAAAGUCUUGCAGUUUAUCCAAAAGAAUUCUGGAAUUCACUGGAAUGGGACCAUCCCAACACGAAGAAUGUCCUUGAACGCUUCCUUGAGUAGUCAAGUUAAAAUAAGUUGAUUACAAGCUAUUUGUAAUUCACAGA